UUGAUCUGUAUAAAUUGAAAUUAGAAGUUCAUGGCUUAGAACGUCGAUUCUUAUAUUUCUUGUAAGUACAUUACAUUUUCUUCGACAAUCCAUGGUUUUAUUUCUAGCAUGGGCUUCAAGGAAGGAGAUGAUGAUGCACACAAGAGCAAAGAGGAAGCUUCUCAAACGCAGACCCUCUGUUUGCAUGCAUUCUCAGAUUUGUCCCACCUUUCACCUGCAAUAUUUGUUUACCUUUUGAAAGAAUGUUAUGCGUGUGGCACACGUAAGGCAACUGCAAAGUUUCGCGCUCUUCAGCAACAAGUCCUGCUAGCGCUGCAUAAUAGUCUCCCGUCUGCUCCUGCAACUUUUGUUGUACAGAGUCUCUAUAUCUUACCUUUAUUAGGACCUGCAUAUACUGAAGGCUUCAGUCACUUAGUAAUAUCGUCUCUUCGCCGUUGGCAAACCAUACGAAGUAUCACAACAGAUUCGUCUGAAGCAAGGAAAAUAGCUGCCCAGUUAUUUCUCGAUGUGGUUGCUGGCUAUGUCAUCCAUCAAGAGCGGAUUCUCAUUAAGCUGCUUGAAGUUUUUGAUGUUGGGGUACAAGAUAUUGAAAAUGCUUUAUGCAGGUCAGAAAUGAAAAGUGGUAGUGUAGACACAGCAAAGGCUUUCCUUGAACAUUACAUCUUUAGAUUGAUAGAAUCCCAGUCGUACAUGACAGCAGUCACUCUCUUCGAGCACUUCUCUAUUCGCCAGUCUGGUCAGGCUUUUCUUGUUAAAAUGAUAGAGGACAAGGAAUUCAAAGCAGCAGAAAAAUGGGCAACAUUUAUGGGAAAGCAGAUGUUAUGUGUACUUGUCCAAAAAUUUAUUGACAUGAAGAUGCUGAAGAAUGCUUAUGAGAUUAUAAAGACAAACAAUCUGCGACAGGAGUUUACAUAUGUGUACCAUAUAUGCAAAGAAAGUUCUCUUAAGAAGCUAGCUGAAAAAGGAUGCUGGGAGGUUGCAGAGAAAAGGACUAACAAUGAUAGGCAACUUCUUCAAUACCUGGUGUAUUUGGCUAUGGAAGCGGGCUACUUUGAGAAGGUUGAUGAAUUAUGUCAGCGGUACUCCCUUGAAGGGUUCAUGAAAACUAUAGAUCCUGAAACAAUGCCUUCACAGACUCGUUACUUGCAUCUUAAUGAAUUGGUUGUGGACAAUAUUAUAUGGGUUGAUGAAGUUGAGGGUCUUCGUAGUGCUACAUCACACAUUGAGGGUUGCAAAGUUGUUGGCAUAGAUUGUGAAUGGAAGCCUAACUAUGAAAAGGGAAGCCCGCCUAACAAGGUCUCUAUCAUGCAAAUUGCUUCUGAAAAGACAGUUUUCAUUAUUGACUUGAUAAGGUUAUUUAAAGAUGAGCCCAAGGCCUUAGACAGCUGCCUAAAACGCAUUUUACACUCCCCAAACAUUCUGAAGCUAGGCUAUAAUUUGCAAUGUGAUCUAAAGCAGCUGGCUCAUUCCUAUGGAGGGCUGGAGUGUUUCAAGCACUAUGAAAUGUUGCUGGACAUUCAAAAUGUGUUCAAGGAAGCUCGAGGUGGUCUAUCUGGACUUGCCCAGAAAAUAUUGGGAGCUGGCUUGAACAAGACAAGGCGUAACAGCGACUGGGAGCAACGACCUCUGAGUCAGAACCAAUUGGAAUAUGCAGCUCUUGAUGCUGCUGUACUUGUUCACAUAUUCCGACAUGUCCGUAGCCACUCUCAGCCGGAAAGUGUCAAAGGGGGGCAAUCCAAUGUUGAAUGGAAAUCAUACAUUAUUUCUAGCAUGGAUGACACAAAAAAGCCGAAGAACACAGCUAAAAAGAAAAAGAAAUUCCACAACCGGACUGGUGUGUCUUCACAAUCAAAUUAAUGUUAGUUACAUGUUUCCCUCACAUUGAGCUAGCAGGUAUGUUUUUGUAAAUAUUCUUUGUCAAAACAACGAUAGACCUCUUACAGCUCUAUAAAUAUUGAUCAUUUAAUUGAAUGCCUG